AUGACAGUCGGCCACCCUUUUCGCCUUCGCCGCGCCCUCACAACCAAAUCCCGCUCCCUGCAACCCCCCCGAUGCUCUCUCCUCCAACUCCAAGUCCUAGUGCACUUGUUCCGCGUCGCUAUUUCCCUCGCUCUCCUCCCGCUUGACAACACCAUCCUCCUCGCUGCCUACGCCGCAGGCUACUUCCCCUUCUCUCUGACAGACAGCAACAAAACCGGUGCCCGGCGCCGCGCUGCCGCCCUCCGUGACAGCCAAUUCAAGCCGCGGACUGUCCUCGUCACAGGUAUCGACACUCCGUAUGGACUGGCGAUCGCGCGCGGGUGGUAUUACUCCGGCCAUCGGGUCAUUGGGGCCGAAGUGGUGGGCGGGGAUCACCAGUCGGGCGUGGCGUGCGGGGAGAGUAUGUCCCGAGUACUGAGCGGGUAUUAUCGCAUUACCACCGGUGUGCCUGGCGGCACUACGAAAGGCUACGCAGCGCAAAUACUAGAUGUGGUGAUGAAAGAGAACGUGGACGUCUGGAUCCCGUGCAGCGAGGAAACCGAAGGAGAAGAAGAUGCCGUCGCGAAGGGGGUGAUUGAGGCGCGGACGGGGUGUAAGUGCGUCACUCUUGAUCGGGGGAUGGUGGAUAUACUCUCCCAAUCCUCAACGGACCGGGAAGCCUUCCUGGCAUUCCUGGUCGAGAAGGGAUUACCUGUUGUGGAGAGACACGAGGUGUUGUCUCGGGAUGCGGUACAUAAGAUUCUCCAUCGGUCGCCGACCAAAGUGUGGAAUAUGCGGAGGGCGGAUGAUCGCGAGGUGAUGCUGCCGAAACGGACUCUUAGUCUGACCUAUUCCGAGGUCAGUGAGAUUCGCAUCUCCAGGGAGAGGCCGUGGAUGUUGCAGCAGCAGACGAGAUUGGGAGGGUUUUAUGCCGAGAUGGCGGUCGUUGCAGGGAAGGUCAAGGCAACCAAGAUCUACCCCGCUGAGGAGGAUGGUGAUGAUGGCUGGGGCCAGUCACCGAUGGACCGCGGGCUCGCAACGGCGAUUCAGGCGCUGAUGGAGCGGUUCGCGAGCCAGAUGGGUGCCCGGUUGACAGGGCAUCUGCGGUUGAAGGUGAUGGUGGAUGAGGAGGUGAGCGACAAUUGUCUGCGGUAUGUGAUACUGAUUGAUAGCUGCACGCAUGGUGCGUCGGCGGUCAAGUAUCUCAUCCUGGAGGAUGAUUUGAAGUCCUUGGUGGAUGGGUAUCUGGAGGCAUUGAGGCCGCAGACGAAUGGCGUCGCCGAGGGGGAGGUCAAUGGCACGGCGAAUGCUGCGACUGCGUCUGCUUCCUCAAAGCCCGAUAUCACUACGCCUCCUCCGCGUCGACGAUUCAGUCUGUUUCGCUCUGCGAAGAAAGCCAAUGUGAAGGUAUUUGGAUCGCUGGGGAAACAGGUCGAUCGUGCCCUUAGCGAGGGCAGUAAGCUCCUGUUCUUCUGGAAGAACCAGAAGUUCUCCCAGCUGGAUCCAUUGCCGUGGUGGUGGCAUGCUCAUGUCUAUCAGCCGUUGAGGGAGUUGGAGAUGAUUGUGAAGCCGAAGAGGUUUUAUGAGUAUCUUAGCGCUAGUUUGAAACGGCUAGUACUGCCGCUAGAUGAUGUGAUUGGCUGUGCUUCUAUGCAUUUCCAAGUUGAGGAUACUAUCUAUGGUCUGUAUGUGCAGCACGUGGUGUACGAAGACAUGGACUAUACGUCUAGUAAUGCAUUAUCAGAUUUGGGCCAGACGAAUACUAAUCGUGAUAUUCGCAGACACGAUUUUGUAGACUGCCUGAACUGCUCCCAUGACCUCCAGAUAGCACCGCUCCCCGUCUUCCGUCUUUCUCCUCUUCUUCCUCCUCCCACAAUGAGAAUCGCACGGCCUUCUUUCAACCCCGGGAGGACGAAAAACCUCAUCCAUGGGUUUCAGGGGUUCAUCAUCUUCCUGGCGUGGGCCCUGACCAUCGCCGUUUUCACAAAGGGAGGUGGCAUUGAUGGGCGUUCCGCCUGGUACUUUGCUUUGUGCUGGUUCAGUAUUCCCGGUCUGAUCUACCUCGUGGCCGUGCCCAUGUGGCCGCGCGCACGCCGCUUCGGAAACGUUUAUGCCUUCGCAACUGUCGACUGCCUGUACGCCAUUCUGUGGUUCUCUGCCUGGGUUUGUGUGGCUAGCUAUGUGGCGGAGGGUAAGAGUAAGGGAAGUUCGGACUCUAGUUCGGACUCUAGCUCCAGCUCCAGCAGUAGCUCGAGUUCGUCGAGCAGAAGGGAUACUAGCAGCAGCUCCAGCAGCAGCAAAAGCGGAUGCGAUAACUGGGCCUACGGAAGCGCGAGUAAAUGCAAGGUCAGCACAGCUACUGUGAUUCUGGGCGUUGUUGUCUUCCUGCUCUUCUGCGUCACUGCCUUCAUGUCCUUCCGCAAUGUCUCGCAUUUCCGCCGCACCGGAACCUUGCCCGACGCCGUCUCCGAUCCCACCUUUGCCGCGCAGACAAAGGCCGCCUUUUCCUCGAACCCUGCCCAUGAUUUCGAGGAGGAAGAAGAUGACUUCCGCUCCCGUGCUGGUAUCGGCUCCUCUGUCCGUGGCGACCGGGACGAGGACUACGCUCUGCUGCAGCAGAGCGAGGUGGACGAGUUUGGAAACUCGCAUGCAGCACGCUCGGCGCUGUCGGGCACAUACGACCCGACGGUCUCUGGUGGAAGCGUGCUCCACGACUACAACACCAGCUAUGGCGGUGCACACGGCCAACAUUACGGAGGAGCGUCCGAAUUCGGAUCCAGUGUAAGCGGCUAUGGACGCUGA